AUGGUCCCGCCGCGAAAACACCACCGCUUUCCCUCGGGGCAGACAUGCUCGGAGUGCCCCGCGAAAGAGUGGUAUCUGGAUAACGGGAUGAGGUUUUGCCAGAAUGGGCAUCGGGUUGAGCGCCCCCAGGGUUAUGUACAAUUCGACGUUGAUCAAGAAGGCGACGGGUUCGGGUCCAUGGGCAAGACGCUGACGGUGAAGAAGGAGAAGAGGGAGAAGCCGAAGCAGCAGUUGAGUGGGAAUGAGGGGAGGAAGUUGUAUUUGGAGUGCUUGCAGCUUAUUUUGAGGAAGCAGUUGAGGUGGUUGAUUAAAGAGAAGAGGUUGAAUGGGGAGUUGGAGGGGGUGGUGAGGGAUUUGUGGUUGCUGAGGGUUGGGGGGUUUAAGGGGAUUGAGAAAAAGAGGGAGGAGGCUGAGGAGGGGGGGGCUGGGGAGAGGAGGAAGAAACGGAGGAGGGGGGUUAGUGUGGAUGAGGGGGAGGAGGAAGAGGGGGGGUUGAUGAUGUUUAGUAGCCAGACGGAGGGGGAGGGGGAAAAGGGAAAUAGGAGGAGGGAUUGGGGGAGUGAGUUGUGGGAUUUGCCGGGGGUGAUGGAUACGUUGGGGUUGGUUUAUUUGGGGUGUGUGAUGAGGGGGGAGCCGGUGAGGGUGGGGGAUGUUUGGAGGUGGGCGAGGAAUGGGUGGAUGCCGUUUUUGUCGGCGAUUGAUUACAUACCCAAGGAGUGGAAGGACCGGCUGCCGAUUUGGGCUCAUCAGAGCUUGUUGACGAGAUAUGUCAAAUUCAAGGGAGGAGAGCUUCAUAAGAGAGUUAUGGGGUUGCUGAUAGGGUAUAAGGAGAAUCAUGGGUUGAUUUUUCCGGCUGUGGCGGCGCCGCCGUUGCUGUUUUUGAGUAUCAAGGAUUUGGCUCUUCCGGCGGACGUUCACCCAUACGCACAAAACAUCUGCGAAUUACUCCAGCUACGUUACUCUUUCCCGACCAGAGAGACAAACCACGAGCGACAUACUCUUCUCGACAUCCCAGACGUCCUAUUAACGGCAGCUUUAGUCGUGGCAACGAAAUACCUCUACCCCCUCGAUUCCAUCGACCGACACCCGCGCGAUCACAACGACGUCCUAUCCAUGAAGAUGAACUGGAAAGUCUGGGAACAGGUAUUCGCCAAUCACGAAGACAAGAAGCCACCGAUGUUGGAAUUCGAGGGCAUGAACCCCCAGAAAAUCUGGACCAUGGACAAGAAGGAUAUCACCGAACUACUGAACUGGUUUCAAGACACGCAAAUUGAGAAGAACCCCACCAAUGAAACGGAAAUCGACCGUCUAUUUCCUCUCGAAAGGAUUCCGCCUGUGACUAGAGUGCAAGGGCCGACUGAGGACGAGAUUGAGGCGCGGUUACAAAGGGUCGGGAAGGCCAUGCAGUUGAUCAAGCCACAGCUGGACGCGAGGACAAGAACUGGUGGUGGUGGUGGUGGUGGUGGUGUGAUCAAGACGAAAAGGAUCGGUUCUGAUUAUCGAGAGUAUAGGUUUGUAGAGGAGCUUGAUGGGCACGCAAAGAGGUUCUACGAGGUUGUUGCGGACAUUUCCGGCAUGGGUUUGGAGGAGUUGGUAAGGGCUGUGUACAGUCUGGACCAGUUGCUGUAUAACUGGCAAAGAAUGGAGAAGAAGCAGAUCAAGCAUGAAUCGGGGAUCGGCGAGUGGAUAGAUCGGGGGGAGUAA